AUGGACGACGCUGUAAGUGGCAUUCCAGGUAUCAGACCUAUACAUGAUGAUGUCUUAAUUUACGGAUGUGGCGAGACAGAUGAAGAGGCUGAAAGGGAUCAUGAUGUGAAAUUUCGAGCACUAAUGCAGAGAUAUAUGGAGAGAAACAUAAAGCUUAACCAGAGUAAGAUGAAACUUAAGCUUACAUCUGUCAUUUAUCUUGGAUAUGUGAUCAGCAAGGAUGGGUUGAAUGUUGACCUACAAAAACUCAAGGCGAUACAUGAAAUGCCUACCCCAGAAGACAAAGCAGGAGUUCAGAGAUUAUUGGGAAUGACAAAUUUUGUGCAACGUUUUGCACCGCAGUUGUCUGAGAUUACCAGUACACUUCGAGAUCUUCUGAGAGCAGAGACUCAUUUUUUAUGGGAUCCGGAUACCCACGGACAAGCAUUUGACAAGGUCAAGGACACAUUGUCUCGUGCACCAGUUGUUAAAUUCUUUGAUGCUAAGAAGAAACUGACUUUGCAAUGUGAUGCUUCUUCUAUUGGACUAGGCGCAUGCCUUAUGCAAGACAAUUAUCCUAUCGCAUAUGCUUUACGUUCGCUGACAGCCACAAAACAGAACUAUGCACAAAUAGAGAAGGAUACUUUAGCUGCAGUCAUCAACUACCGCACCUACUUAGCAAUAUCUGACGAACGAUACUCACAGAUAAAGGAAGCAACAGGAAAGGAUGAAUCUCUACAAUUGCUGAAGAAGAUAAUACUUGACGGAUGGCUUGACUCUUCGAAAGAAGUCCACUCUGAUAUACAAGUGUAUUUUCCGUUUAGAGAGGAGUUAGUCGUUCAAAACGGUGUCAUCUACAAGGCCGAGCGAGUUGUUGUUCCUAGAUCUAUCACACAUAGUAUAGUACAGCGUAUACAUAACUCUCAUUUUGGUUUCCAAGGAUGUAUCCGUAGUGCUCAGGACUAUGUCUACUGGCCAAAUAUGUCGAAGGACAUUGAAUCGUACAUUGGUCAAUGUGCUGCAUGUAAUACUUACCAGGAUAAUCAAAAGAAGGAGCCUAUGAUCAGCCAUGAGAUUCCUAUUCGUCCUUGGCAAACAAUAGGAUGUGAUCUGUUCGAAUGUGAAAGCAAAGAUUACCUCAUACUCGCAGACUACUAUUCAGAUUACUUUGAGGUGGAGAGACUUCAUAGUAAAACAGGUUCAAUCAUUCGCAUGAUGAAAUCGCAGUUCGCGCGUCAUGGAAUCCCAGAUAGAGUAAUAUCCGACAAUGGACCGCCAUUUGGAAGCAGAGUUUGCAGAAUUCAGUAA